GCGUGUCCGAGCCGCGCUCCUUGUCAGUCGGCGCCGGGAAGCGGCAGGGGGCGGAGGCUGCGGCAAGAGCAGCAGCAGCGGCGCCGGCGGUGGAGGAGUCGGAGCAGCCUCCACCACCCGCCUCCCCCUCGCGGCUUCUUCUCCUUCCCCUCCUCCUACUAUUCCUCCCGGCCUCGGCGGCGGCCGCCGCAGCCACCGCCACGCUGAGCCUCCAGCAGCGGGACUCGCCGCCGCCGCCACAGCAGCAGCAGCGCAGGACCAAAGCAGCCGUCACGCUGAAGCGCCACAGGUAGCCUCGUUCAGGACGGACCCUUCUGGCACUUGACCAUUUUGCAGUGGAAUACCGGAAACGCGCAAAUCUGGGUUUGAAGCUAUGAGCUCGGUAGCAGUGUUAACACCCGAAAGCUUUGCUGAGCACCGCAGCGGGCUGAGGGAUGAAGAAACACGAGGUGGUGUCCCAGAGGAUGAGGCCUACAUCCCCACUUACUUGGAAGCCUUUCCGCCACUCCCAGAAAAGGGAGCCCCCGGGGAAAAGUCCAGUGAGCUUACGGGAGUAUGGAACAAAAUCCGGCCUAUCAAAUCCUCUGUCAUCACCCAGGUGUUUCACGUCCCCCUGGAAGAGCGACGCUACAAGGACAACAGCCAAUUCGGAGAAGGUGACGAGGCCAAGGUGUGCGUGGACAUCAUGCAGAAGACCGGGGCUCAUAUUGAGCUCUCCUUGGCCAAGGACCAGGGCCUGUCCAUCAUGGUGACCGGCAAACUGGACUCCGUCAUGAAAGCUCGGAAGGAAAUAGUCGCUCGGCUUCAGACCCAGGCUUCAGCUACUGUCACAAUCCCCAAGGAACACCAUCGCUUUGUGAUCGGCAAGAACGGCGAGAAACUACAGGAGCUCGAGCUGAAGACGGCCACCAAGAUCAACAUCCCGCGGCCUGAGGACCCCAGCAACCAGAUCAAGAUCACGGGCACCAAAGAAGGCAUCGAGAAAGCACGGCACGAGAUCUUACUCAUCUCGGCAGAGCAGGAUAAGCGGGCCGUGGAGCGCUUGAACCUGGAGAAAGCCUUCCACCCUUUCAUUGCUGGAGCCUUCAACAAGGUGGUCCAGGAGAUCAUGCAGGAGACCGGGGCUCGCAUCAACAUCCCGCCGCCCAGCGUCAACAAAGACGAGAUCAUCAUCACCGGCGAGAAGGAGCCGGUGGCCCAGGCACUCCUGCGGAUCCGCAAGAUCUACGAGGAUAAGAAGCGCAAGACGACCACAAUCUCGGUGGAGGUGAAGAAGUCCCAGCACAAGUACAUCAUCGGCCCCAAAGGCAACACCCUGCAGGAGAUCCUGGAAGCCACCGGAGUCUCAGUAGAGAUGCCGCCCCUGGAAAGCAGCUCGGAAACAAUCAUCCUCCGAGGGGAGCCCGACAAGCUGGGUCCCGCUCUGACUCAGGUCUACGCCAAGGCGAAGAGUGUGAUGGUAGCUGAAGUAACCGCCCCAGCCUGGUUACAUCGUUUUAUAAUUGGAAAGAAAGGACAGAACAUUGGCAGGAUCACCCAGCAGCUUCCGAAGGUUCACAUCGAAUUCACGGAUGGUGACGAGAAGAUCACGCUGGAAGGACCCACCGAAGAGGUGGAGCUGGCUCAGAUGCAGAUCCAGGAGAUUAUUCGGGACCUGCUCGGCCGAAUGGACUACACCGAAGUGCUCAUCGAUCAGCGGUUCCAUCGUCACCUGAUAGGGAAGAAUGGAGGCAACAUCAACCGCAUCAAGGAACAGCACAAAGUCUCCGUCCGCAUCCCGCCCGACAACGAGAAGAGCAACCUGAUCCGGAUUGAGGGAGACCCGCAAGGGGUUCAGCUGGCCCGCAAGGAGCUGCUGGAGAUGGCUGCUCGCAUGGAAAACGAACGCACAAAGGACCUCAUAAUCGAGCAGCGCUUCCACCGGACCAUCAUUGGGCAGAAAGGCGAGAAAAUCAAGGAGAUCCGUGACAAGUUUCCUGAGGUUAUCAUCAACUUCCCAGACCCCUCUCAGAAGAGCGACAUCGUGCAGCUACGUGGGCCCAAGAACGAAGUGGAAAAGUGUGCCAAGUAUCUCCAGAAAGUCAUUGCGGAGCUGGUUGAAAACAGUUUUUCUAUUCCAGUCCCUAUCUUCAAGCAGUUCCACAAGAACAUUAUUGGGAAAGGAGGCGCCAACAUCAAAAAGAUUCGAGAGGAAACCAAUACCAAGAUUGACCUCCCCACAGAAAACAGCAACUCGGAGGUGAUCCUGAUCACUGGGAAGAAGGCCAACUGCGAGUGCGCCCGGGACCGCAUCCUGGCCAUCCAGAGGGAGCUGGCUAACAUAAAAGAAGUGGAUGUGUCUAUACCAGCCAAGCUGCAUAACUCCCUGAUUGGGGCCAAGGGGCGGCUAGUGCGCUCCAUCAUGGAGGAGUGUGGCGGGGUGCACAUCCACUUCCCUUCCGAGGGGUCGGGCAGCGACAAGGUCACCAUCCGAGGGCCUGGCGAGGAGGUGGAGAAAGCGAAACGGCAGCUGCUGCAAAUCGCGGAGGAGAAGCAAAUCAACAACCACUCGGCAGAGCUGCACGCCAAGCCAGAGUACCACAAAUUCCUAAUCGGGAGAGGGGGCGCCAACAUCCGCAGAGUGAGGGACCGCACCGGUGCCCGCAUCAUCUUCCCCAGCCCCGACGACAAGGACCAGGAGAUCAUCGCCAUCGUGGGGAAGGAAGAUGCGGUGCGGCAAGCCCAGCACGAGCUGGAAAGCCUCAUUUGCAACCUGGAUAACGUCAUCGAGGAUUCCAUGAUGGUUGACCCCAAGUACCACCGCCACUUUGUGGCGCGCCGGGGGCACGUGCUGCGGGAGAUUGCGGAAGAGUACGGCGGGGUUGCGGUGAGCUUCCCCCGGACGGGUGUCCAGAGCGACCGCGUGAUGCUGAAGGGAGCGAAGGACUGCGUGGAAGCUGCCAAGAGACGCAUCCUGGAGAUUAUCAGCGACCUGGAAGCCCAGGUGGUCCUCGAGUGCGUCAUCCCGCAGCGCUUCCACCGGGUCGUCAUGGGAGCCAAAGGUUACAAGGUGCAGCAGAUCACUCGGGACCACGACGUCCUGAUCAAGUUCCCGGAGCGAGAUGACAAUUCAGGUUCAGAAGCACAGUCUCAGGAAAACGGCGACAUCAGCCCCGAGCUGGACUCUGCCCCCCGCAAAUGUGACACCAUCCUUAUCUCGGGGCGCAAGGAGAAAUGCGAGGCGGCGCGGGCAGCUCUGCUGGCUCUGGUUCCCAUCACAGUGGACGUGGAGGUCCCCUUUGACCUCCAUCGCUACAUCAUUGGGCAGAAGGGAGCCGGCAUUCGCAAGAUGAUGGAGGAGUAUGAGGUGAACAUCUCAGUGCCCCAGCCUGAGCAGCAGUCGGACGUCAUCAAGAUCACAGGCUUGGUCCCCAAUGUGGAGCGGGCCAGGGCCGGCCUCCUGGAGAGGGUCAGGGAGCUGCAGGCAGAGCAGGAAGACCGGGCGUUGCGUGGCUUCAAGCUGACGGUGAGCGUGGAACCCAAAUACCACCCAAAGAUCAUUGGCAAAAAAGGGGCGGUCAUUUCCCAGAUCCGGAAGGACCAUGAUGUCACCAUCCAGUUCCCGGAUAAGGGGGAUGAGAAUCAGGACCUCAUCACUAUCACCGGCUACGAGAAGAACGCCGAGGGGGCCCGGGACACCAUCUUGAAAAUUGUGGCCGACCUCGAGGAGAUGGUCAGCGAAGAUGUCCGCUUGGAUCACCGGGUUCACGCCCGUAUCAUUGGCGGGAGGGGCAAAGCCAUCCGCAAGCUUAUGGAGGAGUUUCGGGUCGACAUCCGCUUCCCUCAGCCGGGUUCCAGUGACCCUGACAGAGUCACGGUCACAGGGCUGCCGGAAAACGUGGACGACGCUAUAGACCACAUGCUCAACUUGGAAGAGGAAUAUAUGAUGGACGUGGUGGAGACCGAAGCCAUGGCUGCGUAUAUGAAGCCUCCGUCCCGCUUGGAAGAGGAGCCCCGGGGCCCGGCCAAGGGCUUUGUGGUGCGCGAUGCCCCCUGGAACGCGUCUGGGAACAAGGCCCCAGAUGUGAGCAGCGCCGAAGAGUUUCCCGUCUUCGGCACCGGCGUGGUCCCCAAGCAGACGUCUGUCUGGGGCCCCAAGAAGUUCUGAGGCAGCGGCGACGCACUGCCAGCCAAGCACGGCUCCCACCUUCCUUGGGCAUCGUGGCAGCUUUCUCGCGCCAUCAACUCCUCUCGCUGUCGGGAUGUGGCAGAUUCUUCUUCCUCCUCCUCCUCCUCCUCCUCCGCCUGCACUCUCUCUUUCCGUGACUCUGUGCAAUCCAUUAACCAAUCAAAAGCCAUAGCCAGCCCUCUUUCCACCUCCCCACCGCCCUCCUUUUCCUUCUCCUCGUCUAGCCAAAGCAGGCCAGGUUGUAAGCACACAAGUGGAAACGAGCCUCAUGUGACUAACUCGUUCUUUCUUUCUUUCUUUCUUUCUUUCUUUCUUUCUUUCUUUCUUUCUUUCUUUCUUUCUUUCUUUCUUCUCUCUCUCUCUCUCUCCAUGCCAAAUUUCAGGGCAUUAGUCUCUCCUGGCCAAAUUUGGCUGUAACACCCCUACUUCCCCCUCCCGGCUGAAAAAGGAGGAGGCAAGGACCCCCUUUCUUCCCUGUCUCCAACUCUGUCCUCCCAGGUGUAGGAUACUCGUACGGUCCACACACACCUGAACCAAGGGGAAGGGCCGAAUGUUUUAGGGGGACUCAAAGGACAGGCAGCUCUCUUGUACUGCCACUCCUAACUUGAUUGCAUCGCCCUUCCUUCUAGCCAGCCAGCCUGCCUGUUAAUCGCUUCUCCUCCAAGCUUGCAAAUAGCCCCUCUCCCGGGCGACAAACCGUUAAGAUUUGAGCUGCACCAUAGAGACAGGUUUGCGGGAAUCUGUGCAUGAACGUGUGGACCUCUGGAAGGAGACUUCCGGCUCCUGUGACCAGAAGGAACUCUUCAGAAGCAGGGAGCACUUAGAAACUUUGGCACUCGGCAGUCUUCUGUCUCCUCCCCCACCCCCACUUUCCCCACCCGAUCUUUCUCAUCUCAUGGCACAGUGUAGACUAGCCUUGCCAACCUGGCUCUCUCCAGGUGUUCUGGACAGCAGCUCUGACCCAGGUGGGAGCUGCUGACCGAGACAUCGGGGGAAAGGAGCGCCAGCCGAGGUUGGCAAAAGCUGGUGUCGGGUCUGUUAUGACUUGCUCCUUUUCUUUUCUUCUCUUUCCAUUUUCAACCUCCCUUUCUCUCUCGCGCUUUUUCCUCUUUCCCCUCCCUCGUGUCUUCCUCAAGAUGCACUUGCUUUGAAACAUUAGGGGGGAAAUAUGCAACAUUGAACAAAAGAGAAAGUUUAAGAGCCAAGCUCUUUUUCUUCUCUUCUCUUCUCUCUCUCUCUCUCUCUCUCUCUCUCUCAUUCAGUUUCUAGUCCACAUCCAAUUUCUCCAGAUUUUUAAACUGUGACUUCUGGACUGUGUGUGUCUGCCUGAGUGAUUGUGUGUGUGUGUGUGUGUGUGUGUGUGUGUGGUGGAGAUGCGAGUGAGUUUAGUGGCUCCACCGACCCAACUAACCCCCGUCCCCUCUUUUUUUCUUUUUUUUUGCUGUGUCAACAUGACAAGGCAAAAAAAAUAAGAGAAAAGCUAUAGUGGAGCAACGUAACCAAGUUUUUGUUUUGUUUCUUUUUGAAGGCAGGGUUUCUGGGGAGAAAUAAAGAGAAUUUAACAAAAAUAAAAAUGGCAGAGAACACUAUUGGCCUUAAAAGAAAAGAAAAAAACAAAAGAGAGUAAAGGGGGGGGAGGAACUUAAUGUUUAAGGAAAUAUGCAAACUCUGUAGGUCACAUGAUGGUGACUGUGGACUUUUCUAAUUCCAAAUAAAAAUGGAGCGAAAAACUGAGCGGCAA